AUGUGUGGUCUCAUUGAGAUCGACGGAUACGCAUUUUGUGCAGGGUUGAAUGCCUCGAAGGCCUAUUUCAAAGCAUAUCCAAGAUUGCAAAGAUUGAUUCGUUCCGUAAUCUAUCUCAUGAAGGAGGCAAACCUUCGGCCAAAAUAUGCAACAAGUAGCUUGGACAAUUUCUCCCUCGAUAUUCGCCCUUUAAGCGAGCUGAUAGAUACAUAUCAUACUCGAGAAUCGACCGAUGACCUUGACAAAGUGUAUGCUUUACUCGCCAUGUGCUCCGAUAAUCCUACCUCAGCAGGCUUACUCCCCGACUACACCAUUCUAUGGGGAAAGCUCUUUCGGCAGCUUGUCAAGUAUCUUCUCUGCAAAGAGGUCACUGUGAGGUUCCUGCCAGAUGAGAAGAUAGCAGUGAUCAGAAGUAAGGGCUUUAUUCUUGGCAAUGUGACUUCGGUGGAGGUCGAUGUUGCUUGGAAUGACACGCAAACGGUGCAAUUCUCUGUCACUAACUAUCCUAAGUAUUUACAAAAAGACAUGAUAGAACUGAUUAUUUAG